CCUUCUUCGAUUUGCCGUCAGUCAUGAGUGGAUGGAUGUGAUGCCUGAGAGCCAAAAGGAGCUUGAAAAGAAAAAGAAGUCCUCGAGCCCAGUGGUCAGAUCCCAUGAUCAUGUCCCUCUGUGUGUCGCAGUCCUGUGCUGUUGUGUAUGCCCCCUGCCAGUGACCCCAGGCUUUUUAUGGCUGUGAGACACAUUCGAAGUUCACGGCUGAGAAGUGACCUUUUGAGGUGACUAUAACUGAAGAUUGCUUUACAGAAGCCAAAAAAGGUUUUUGAGUCAUGAUGCAGGAAUCUGGGACCGAGACAAAAAGUAACGGGUCAGCCAUCCAGAAUGGGUCCAGCAGCAGCAACCACUUGCUAGAGUGCAACGCGCUCCGGGAGGGGCGGUCCAACGGGGAGGCGCCAGCAGUGGACUUGGGCGCUGCUGACCUCGCCCACGCCCAGCAGCAGCAGGCACUGCAAGUGGCAAGGCAGCUCCUCCUUCAGCAGCAACAGCAGCAACAGCAACAGCAGCAGCAGCAGCAGCAGCAGCAAGUUAGUGGAUUAAAAUCCCCUAAGAGGAAUGACAAACAGCCAGCUCUUCAGGUUCCCGUGUCAGUGGCUAUGAUGACACCUCAAGUUAUCACUCCCCAGCAAAUGCAGCAGAUCCUCCAGCAACAAGUGCUGAGCCCUCAGCAGCUUCAGGUUCUCCUCCAGCAGCAGCAAGCCCUCAUGCUUCAACAGCAGCAGCUUCAAGAGUUUUAUAAAAAACAACAAGAACAGUUGCAGCUUCAACUUUUACAACAACAACAUGCUGGAAAACAGCCUAAAGAGCAACAGCAGGUGGCUACCCAGCAGUUGGCUUUUCAGCAGCAGCUCUUGCAAAUGCAGCAGCUACAGCAACAGCACCUCCUGUCUUUGCAGCGUCAAGGCCUCCUAACCAUUCAGCCCGGGCAGCCUGCCCUUCCCCUUCAACCUCUCCCACAAGGCAUGAUUCCAACAGAACUGCAGCAGCUCUGGAAAGAAGUGACAAGUGCUCAUACUGCAGAAGAAACCACAGGCAACAAUCACAGCAGUUUGGACCUGACCACGACAUGUGUGUCUUCCUCUGCACCUUCCAAGACUUCCUUGAUAAUGAACCCACAUGCCUCUACCAAUGGACAGCUGUCGGUCCACACUCCCAAGAGGGAAAGUAUGUCCCACGAGGAGCACCCCCAUAGCCAUCCUCUCUACGGACAUGGUGUAUGCAAGUGGCCAGGCUGUGAAGCAGUGUGUGAAGAUUUCCCAUCAUUUCUAAAACAUCUCAACAGUGAGCAUGCGCUGGACGAUAGAAGUACAGCCCAAUGUAGAGUACAAAUGCAGGUUGUACAGCAGUUAGAGCUCCAGCUUGCAAAAGACAAGGAGCGGCUGCAAGCCAUGAUGACCCAUCUGCAUGUGAAGUCCACAGAACCCAAAGCUGCCCCUCAGCCCCUCAAUCUGGUAUCAAGUGUCACCCUCUCCAAGUCCGCGUCGGAGGCUUCUCCACAGAGCUUACCUCAUACGCCAACGACCCCCACUGCUCCCCUGACUCCUGUCACCCAGGGCCCCUCUGUCAUCACCACCACCAGCAUGCACACGGUGGGCCCCAUCCGCAGGCGGUACUCAGACAAAUACAACGUGCCCAUUUCUUCAGCAGAUAUUGCGCAGAACCAAGAAUUUUAUAAGAACGCAGAAGUUAGACCACCAUUUACAUAUGCAUCUUUAAUUAGGCAGGCCAUCCUUGAAUCUCCAGAAAAGCAGCUAACACUAAAUGAAAUCUAUAACUGGUUCACACGAAUGUUUGCUUACUUCCGACGCAAUGCAGCCACGUGGAAGAAUGCAGUGCGUCAUAAUCUUAGUCUUCACAAGUGUUUUGUGCGAGUAGAAAACGUUAAAGGGGCAGUAUGGACAGUGGAUGAAGUAGAAUUCCAAAAACGAAGGCCACAAAAGAUCAGUGGUAACCCUUCCCUUAUUAAAAACAUGCAGAGCAGCCACGCCUACUGCACACCUCUCAAUGCAGCUUUACAGGCUUCAAUGGCUGAGAACAGUAUACCUCUAUACACUACCGCUUCCAUGGGAAAUCCCACUCUGGGCAACUUAGCCAGCGCCAUACGAGAGGAGCUGAAUGGGGCCAUGGAACACACGAACAGCAACGAGAGUGACAGCAGUCCAGGCAGAUCCCCUAUGCAAGCUGUGCAUCCUGUUCACGUCAAAGAAGAGCCCCUCGACCCAGAGGAAGCUGAAGGGCCUCUGUCCUUAGUGACAACAGCCAACCACAGUCCAGAUUUUGAUCAUGACAGAGAUUACGAAGACGAAGCAGUAAAUGAGGACAUAGAGUGAACAUCUGGGCGGGCCGACCCCAAGAAUGAAGACUGGGGGAAAAGCAAAACAAAACACGUCAAAAAGUCAGCAGUGAAAUUGUUCUCCAUUUGUUGUACAGUCUGGAGGAUUUUCACUACAUCUUGACAACUCUGAAAUGUGUUAACUCUUAGUGCCAUCAAGAAUCCCAUUUGGGAGUAUUUUUGAUUUUUCUACUUUUUGUUGAAAAAAGGAAUUUGUACUCUGUGCAUUGGAUGGACUUGUUUGGUACUUGGGAUUUUCCUCUCUUAACAGUCAACAUCAGUGUUGUAAAUUUGCUAAACUGAUUUACUUUUAGCAGCAGACUUUGAACUGUAGUCCUGCCAACGCUGGACUCUGAGGACACCCGACUGAGCUUGUGCACCUAAGCUGCAGACCAAGCCUUUGCCCAGAAUUAAGGAUUCCAAUGGACGACCUAUUUGCACAGUACUGCAUGUUGAUUAUCACUGCCUUUAUUCCUUUUUUUUUUUUUUUUUGCUUCCGGUUGGGAUGGGGAAGGCCUUCGUGUGUGUGUUGGGGGGAGGGGUGAAAAAAAUAAUUAUCCCAAACUUUUUAAUGUAUUGCUUUUUUUUUUUUUUUUUUUUGCUUCUACUAUACCAUUUUAAGUUCUGACCUCAGGCCUCCACUUGGGCCCACGGCCUCUUGGAGGCUUAAAGUUUUCUGUACCUUGUGAUGAAUGUUAAUAGGUGUUUUUAUUAUACAAAGCUGAAUGUCAUUUCUCGUUUGUAGUUUUCUGUCACUCAUUCCAUUCUCCUACAGACAUCACCACCUUUCUCUAAAGUCAGAAAACAUUCCGUUUUGGUCUUUUUUCUAAAAGGUCCCAAAUGCUGCACUCUCUCUACACAUGGAAGUCCUCUCACACAAGCGUGACGUCCUGCCAGAAAGAGAAUGAAUGACAGAAAAAAAUAGAGACACACACUAGGGACAAUGCAGGCUCAUUCCGCAAAGCAGUACUGGGGGUGGCAAGGGAAUUUUCAGAUUUUCCGGGUUUUUUUUUCUUUUUUGUAGUAAUCAUCAUUUGAAAGAAAUGCCACAGCAUUCUACUAGCACAAGAAAACAUAGGCAGCACCAGAGUGAAAGAAUCUAAAACCCCUAAUAAUCAGGCUGAUGUUAGUCCCGCGGAAGGCGCUCCCUCCUAUAAACCAGAGGGGGUGGGCCCAGGUUCUGUGUUAUAACACAGUGAGAGUGACUAGUGAGGGUUGCUUUGUUUUCAGAACGACCAAAAGCCAGCUUCCCCAAGCAGCUUUGCUGAACGUGGCGAUGGCACUGGGUUUAUACGUCAGUUCAGACCUGCUUGGCGGCAUUAAUCUGUUUGAACGCAAAUUAAACUUCAGACUGAACUUGUUAUGGGAGGUAGUGAGGACUGAGUCCAGCAAUGCUAAGGUGUUCGUUUCAAAUCUGCAGCUUCAGUACUACAGUUCAGUUUGUUAUGCAAUAUUGUCAUACCACCCCGGUAUCAGAAAGUAGCAGAGGACAUCAGGGAGACAGAGGAUCCUGCCAGCCUUGGGCUUCUGGGGAGCCACAUAGGGCCCGCAGAACUUGCUAGUUCUGGGUCAGUACAACCUCAGUCCUUCCCACCCGUCCACACUUCCACCUCGCACCCACUACCCUGACAUUUAUUUAUCUAGGACUAUAGCUUUUGUUUUUAGUUCAAGAGCCUUUUGGAGCUUAAUUUAUAUUCUUUGUACCUUUUAUUUCUAAAAUUACCAAAGAUAUUACACAAAGGUAAAUUAUGUUCUCUGUUUUAUGCUUUAUCUGAUGAAGCCAAAUAUCCUCUUAUUGUUGAUCAAAGGAGGCGAAAGAAUUUAGAGGCAAAUGAUGAGCUGUAGGCUAUUGCUAACCUGAGAAAGAGAACUGCUCCUUCAUCCUAGGGUAAAUUCAGAAGACCAAGUAGGUAAUGGAACCAAAGUUGUUACUUUUUUCUAGUAGUUGUUUCUUCUCCUUUCCGUACCUCUUCAGAGACCAAAACUUAGUCUUACAAAGAAAGAGAAAUUGUGGGGCUACUCAACAUGAAAAUAGGACACAGUAUUACAGUUGCACAGAAGGAAUAGAGCCCCAUGUCAAAGACAAAGACAUGAAUGUAUGCCACUGGAAAUUAGGUGUAUCGUAGAGGAGACAGUAAAGAUGAAUUCGGAAAGAACGGAAAAGCUUCUGUGAUUGAACUAGACCACAUAAUAGUAUUUCUAGAAUUAAAAGAAAAAAAAACUUUAGAAUGAUUGUAUGCCACUUUUCUUUAAGGACUGUGCUCUGAUCACUGCAUUAAUUUUGGCUUAUCUUAACAUAUAUCCUCUAGUUUGGGUUUUGUUUUUUUUUUCCCUGUUGCUUUUUUUUUGUUUUUUGUUUUGUUUUCAGAUUAGGCUUUGGUCAGCAUUUUUAGUUUUAAAAAAAGAGAAAAAGAAAAAGUAACGCUCCCGUUCGCUCAUAAGCUUGGUACAAAAAUGUCUUGCAGUUGCUUUUGAAGCUUCACUCUGCUUUCUGUAUCCAGGGCAGUCUGUGGUCACUCGCAGCUUCAUAUUGUGCAGGCAGUAGCCAGACAGGGUCAUGGGAAGGGGGCCCUGUGCUUCUAAACUGAGUGGUUGCUGGUUAGUUUGGUAUUCAAAAGAGGAUAAAAAUCUGGUAGAUUAGUUCAUUCUCAGCAUGUGUAGCUAGACAUGAGUAAAGAUAACAGCAUGAGAAACUGUUAGUACGCAUACCUCAGUUCAACCUUUAGGGAAUGAUUAAAAUUUAAAAAAAAAAAUACAUUUCACUCAGUUGCACUUAGUCGUAUGUCUUGCAUGCUUAGUCUAAAGACUGUAGCAAAAAAAGAAAAAAAAAGAAAAAAAGAAAAUUAGAUUUUACACGUCUUUGCAGGCAUCACAGUCCUGCAGAAGAACCAACUGAAAAAAAAAAUUUCUCAGGCUUUACAGCAAGAAAACUUCACUAUGAUUUUUACAAUUCUGACUCUGUAUCCCUUGGGGGUAUUCCAAUCGCUUCUUUAGGAUGGGGUUUAUUAUGUUGUACAUAUAUCCCGAUGUGUCUGUGUGAAUCUUUGUCUUUUUUGGGGGAGGGCGGAGGGCGGUUCUUUUUUUAGAUAUUGUUCCUAAAAAGGAAUAAAUGCAUACACCUGUUUGUCAAAACACCUUUGCUUUUUGUGCAACUGCUUUAUAUUAACAAUACUAAAAAAUAUCUUUGGGAAAAAAAACUACUGUAUGUAAUGGAAUUGCAGAAUCUGCUGCACAUGUAUUUUAUUUAGUUAUCCUUGCUUUAAGAAUAUUGGAUGACAUUUCCUGACAUGUGGAGGGAGAAACUCCCUAUCUUUUCUUUCUUUUAAAUUGUAACAUAGUUGACAGAUUUUUUUUUCCUGUUCUCAUUGAUUGGAGCAUUUUGUACAGGUUUGUGUGUGUGUGCGUGUGAGUGCGAGUGUGUAUGUGUUCUAAUCUGUUUUUUUUUAUACAUUCCUAUUCCUUGUGUUUAUCCUACCACUGCCUUCCUGGCUAUCUUUAAACAAGUUCAUACAUCUGAAAAGAGAAAAAAAUGUUUAAAAAUGUUUUCUGCUGCAGUAAAUAUUUUGCAUGAUGAAAUUUCAGGAUCACACUUUCAAAGUUUAUCAGUGAAGUAGUGACUAAUAAUGGGGAGUGUUGAAAAUACUGAACUUUUGUAUAAAAAAAAAACUUGACAAGGUGCCAAGAUGUAAAGACAAUGUUACUGUUUUUUUCCUCAGAGAAAAGCGAACAUUAAGGAGAGUGUCCCCUGUAUGAGACAAAUGCACUGUCAGGAAUGAGGAUCCAUCCUACUUGUCCCUAGAAUCUAUCCAUAGAAGACGAGUUAGGCUGCCACAUUAGCAAUGAAAUGAACUAUCAAGGCUUAUUUACUUGAAGAGUGACCACCAGUCCUGCCCACAGACCGCUCUAACAUACACGUAGCAUCCUGCAGCCCAUCAGACCUGAUAAAGACAGCCUUGAAUUCGAAUGUAAAAUACAGUGUAAAUCAGUAGUUUUUUAAACACCAAAAAAAUUUGAAAUUACAGAAUAUUUCCUUUCCUUUCCACAGUCCAGCCAAGCUCUAUUUCCAAGGGUAAAAAGCUGACUCUACUUAAAAGGAUUUUGAAUCCUUUGGGUGCCUUCUGGUUAAUGGCAAACCCCUCUGAUAGUUUGGAUGUUUUACAACCCAUUUUUGCACUUGUGUUCUGAGAAUGAGAUUUACAAUCCUAGAGGCAUUUCGUGGGCCCAGCAUAGGCCCUGCAGUCUCUGUUCCCCUAAACCUUGCUGGAGAUGGCGAAGUCUGGACCGUCAGCAUGGUGCUUCGUGUAUAUGUGCUGCCAGUAACAACUGUUUUGUUUUUUUGUUUUGUUUUGUUCUGAUAAGGCAUAAAAGAAACUCAUUCCUUGACAUCCACUGUAAUUCCAUCAUUCCAUGUCUGUGGAUACAGACAAUAAAAAAAAUGUGGUGUAGUCAGUACUAAUUACUGACAUUAUAGCAUUCUCAAAUGCAAUAAAAAUGCUGGUUGUUCACACUGGUA